CGAUCCGGGUCAUCGGUUGCGCGGUCACGGACGUUGACCGCCAAACACCAGCGCGCACUGAAGAACUAGCGGUCAGCAAGGAAGCGUGCUCGAAGCCAACACCAAUUGUAACCGAGUGAAGUUGAAUACAUACGUUAGUAAAUUUAUUAGUAACGCCUUGUGCUGUUCGAAAAAUUACGCGCCCGCGAGCAAAACGCAGAAGGAUGAGCACCAGCGAAAACGGUGCAUCGGAUUUCCCCAUGGAAGGAGAGCAGCGAAGAUCAUUCUUGCUGCGUUCGACUGGUUUUGCUACGGGACAGCAAAUUUUUCCACCCGCGAACGAGAAUGUUGUGCCAACGGUGAAUCUGCCAUCGCAGAAUGCAGCGGGGCAGCCAUCGCUACAGCAUUUUGCUGCGUCAUCAUCAGUGCCGGCGCAGUCACCCGAUUCUGCGAUGCUGAUGCAGAUGAUGCAGUUAAUGCAACAGCAGAUGCAGCAGCAGCAGCAGCAGGUGCAGCAACAGAUGCAGCAACAGCAGCAACUAAUCACGCAAGUAUUGCAGCAGUCACAAGUUACAAGCCAGCAAAGCCAGGCCUUCCCGACGCAGGUCAUUGCCCCCAGUAAUCCGGAGUUGAUUAUUGAUGCGUUUUCGGGUAGCAUCACCGAGUUCCGGUACGAGGCGGAAUCCGAAAUAACUUUCGAUACGUGGUUCGCGCGCUACGAGGACCUGUUCGCACAGGAUGCCUCCCGCCUCGACGAUGCAGCAAAGGUACGCUUACUGGUGCGCAAGUUAGGCCCUGCGGAGCACGCACGCUACGCUAGUUUCAUCCUGCCCAGCGUUCCUCGGGAGAUACCGUUCGAUGAAAUGGUGAAAAAGCUGAAGGCCCUUUUUGGGAGAGCUGAAACGCUUGUGAGUAAGCGCUACAAGUGUUUGCAGCUAACGAAAUCUCGUACGGAGGAUUUUGUGUCGUUUGUUUGCCGCGUGAACCGCUCCUGCGUCAACUUUCAGCUGUCCGCAAUGAGCGAGGAGCAGUUCAAAUGCCUGAUAUUAGUGUGCGGCUUAAAGGAUGAUGCUGAUGCGGACGUGCGCACGAGACUUCUCUCUCGUAUCGAGAAGAGAACCGACGUCACGCUAGAGCAGCUCUCCGCUGAGUGUGAGCGAAUCUCCAGCUUGAAGGUGGAUAGCGCUACUCAGCGCUACUGA